AUGCACUCGGUUCGUACGUUCUUCAAACCAAGUGAAGACGCUCUCAUCAUUAAGUGGCGCAAGAAAAGACCCGAUGCUCCAUGGUCAGAGAUUGCUAAAAAGAUUAAAGGAAAGACAGCUAAACAAUGCAACGACAGAUACAACAAACAUCUCAAAAAUGUAAGAAAUGAAAAGGAGUGGACAGCUGACGAGGACAAGACUCUUGAAGAGCUUGUUAACAAGCAUGGACACAAUUGGGUUUUAAUUGCCAGUGUUCUUGGAAACAGAACAAACAAUGAAGCUAAGAACAGAUGGUGUGUUCUUACAAGAAACAUGAACAAAAAGGUUAAACUCCCUGAAAAACCAUCAUUAGAGAUUGAAAAAACUGAUGACUUCAGUGUGUUAUUUGACAAACAGAUCAUUGCCAAAGAAGUCCAAGACAUUUGGUCUGUUUUUGAUCAAGAUGUUCAUGAUCCUCAAUUUGAAAUCGACAAUCUUUUCCAAAUCUUGCUCUGA